GGCUGAGGGAGAGAGGACGGCGCUCAGAGCUCAGAUAUGUGGGACCAGUGAGAGGAACAGACUUGUUUUGCGCGUCAAAGGCGCGUUUUCGUUUUUACGCACGGCGUAAAUGUUAGAGUACAGGCUUAUUGAUAGACUGUUAUUGUAAAGUCCACCUGAAUUCUCUUCAAGACAGCGGAGUCUUUAAGUGAACAGCCGACUUAGCAGCGCGUGCGGCGGUCAAGCUGUUCUGAAACUCUUCAUUGUUCACUUUACAUUUGGUUCUAGGAUCUUUACCGUUGUCAUGCAGUGACUUAGGUUUAUGCUCGCUAGUUUACGUGUCACGUUUGGUCUUAUACAGCAAAAUGGAUGCUUUGUUCAAUUUCACUGAUGCGUCAAAUUGGACCAGCGGCUCCAAUGACACCAACAACGGGACCGUGGACUGGAACCAGUUUGUGCAGCCAGUCUGGAGAAUUGUACUCUGGGCCAUUGCGUACAGCUGUAUAGUGAUCGUGUCCUUGGUAGGCAACCUGACGGUGAUCUGGAUUAUUUUGGCGCAUAAACGCAUGAGGACCGUCACCAACUAUUUCCUGCUGAACCUGGCGUUCGCCGAAGCCUCCAUGUCCGCCUUCAACACCGUGAUCAACUUCGCAUACGCCGCGCACAACGAGUGGUACUUCGGACUGGUCUACUGCCGCUUCCACAACUUCUUUCCGAUCGCGGCUGUCUUCGCCAGCAUCUACUCAAUGACUGCCAUCGCUCUGGACAGGUACAUGGCCAUCAUCCAUCCUCUGCAGCAGCGCAUGUCAUCUACAGAGACCAAGGUGGUGGUGGGAGUGAUCUGGGUGCUGGCUCUGCUCCUGGCCUUCCCCCAGUAUUACUACUCCAACACAGACCAGCGCCCCGACCGGGUGGUGUGCCACAUCGACUGGCCCGAAUACACCUUGUGCGACUUCAAAAAGAUGUGA